UUUAUGAAAAUAAAAGUAGGAAUUAGUUACGAAUUAUUAUUAAUUACGAACUUACCGAAUGAAAAUUGGAGCAGGAACAUGGAGGAUAGCCAGAGCAUAGAGACAGCCAGACAGGAAACUUCAAACCACGGAGAUGGCGUGCCCAUAAAAAAUCUCGGCCGGCUCGGACAGGCCCUAUGGAGACAGACCCUAACAAUGCAAAUCAUUGGAGUGCUGACUUCCUGCAUCCACAGUGGAUGUACUAUAGCUACUCUGUCGGCGUCAUCUGUAUUAGAGUCAGCAAAAAUCUUUCGCUUACGUCUUGUAGCUAAAAUGUCUGGUAAAUUAACUGUGAAGGAUAUAAAGGAUAUGCUUGAUGGUGAUACUUUGGAUUUUAGUCUGUGUAAUUUGGAGGAAGUACCAGUGAAAGAGAUCGCAACUGUAAAACGGUUUAGUCAUUUAGAUUUAUCAAACAAUGCUCUUACUACACUUCCUAAAACAUUUGCAACUUUGACACAAAUAGUUAAAUUGGAUCUUAGUAAGAAUAUGCUGACAGAGAUACCUGAGAAUUUUGGAGAACUAAAGCAAUUAAAGCAUUUAGAUCUCUAUAGCAAUAGAAUUAGUAGGCUACCAUUGAGUCUAGGUGAAUUAAAGAACUUAAAAUGGUUGGAUUUGAAGGAAAAUCCAUUAACUCCAGCAGUAGCUAGUAUAGCUGGUCCUUGCAGCAAUGCAAGCGAAUGUCAAGCAUGUGCUCGUAACAUUGUUGUUUACUUAGCAAAUGUAAAAAUGACUAUAGAUGAAGAGAAACAACGGCGUCUCACUGCAGUUCAAGAAGUAGAAAAGGCUGCAGCUAGUAGUAAGAAAGAAGCAAAGAAAAAAAAGAAAGGUGCGGAAAAGAAGAUCACUAACAAAGAGAAAUCACCUAAUGCUAAAAAAGAGCAAAUACAAGAGAAAAAUAAUAUCUCAAAGUCUCCAAAAUCUAAAACCACUAAUGAACGUAGCAUUAAAUCUCGUAAUUCCAGUGGAGGAGUUUUUAGUCUCUUAUGUAAAGCUUUCACAUCUUUGAUAAUGUGGUCUGCAUUUUUUACACUUUUAACUAUAACGAUAGUUACUGUUUUACCUCUUUAUGAUGAACAAAAGUCUGAAGAAAUUUUCAAGGAAAUCGAAAUUCGAACAGGCAUACCAGUGAAGCAUUAUCAUCACGAAGGUAUAAAGCUUCUGGAAACGUUUAUCGUUAAAACUAAGCUGUGGACAAAUCAUACAAGGGAAAAGCUUGAAAAAACAUACCAACAAUAUUUCAUAGAAGAGCCAUUUACAAAUAAAAAAGAAUUAUAAUUUCUUUAUUUACAUUUUGAAACUGUCUUCUUGGAUGAAAUGAACAAAUCAAUAUUGUACAUUAGAUUUCCAAAAACUACGAUGUUUUUUUUAAGUCUAUAUAAUAUAUACUUUUUCUUUCAUUCUGAAAGAACGCACAACAGCCACCAAGUGGCAAUUUAUUUAUGGUGGCAAGUAUGCGUAAUAAUUUUUAUCUAAUCCAAACUGCUAAUUUUCGAUCUCUUUUUAUAGAUUCUUACUACUAUACAUUCCGUCUACAAAGUAAAGUGUUUUUGUGUGUUAUUUAUAUAUAGGUAAUAAUAUUUAACUGCCCUUCAAAAAUUAUCUAAAUGAUCAUUUUUUUUUAUCUACUUCUGUUAACCUAGUUCUAUAAUUAUAUAGUCUACAAUUGAUAACAUUCUUCAAUAGCACAAAGUUUUCAUGAUUGAAGUACCGAAAUUAUUGUAACUGUUCGAUGUAGAUACUUUUUGUGAUGUGUGAGAAAAGUAUUUUUUAGAAUUUAGUGAAUAUAAAUGAUGGAAAAUGCUAUAUGUCACUAUAAUUAAUGUAUUUAUAAAAAAGUCACUCGACUUUAAAAAAGUAAAGAUUUGUAUAUUAAUUUAAGUAUCAGUGCUGUAAUAAAUAUUAUU